GGACACAGUAAAAUGGAGUCGAACCAAAUGCUCGUCUGCCAGCUGACAUUUGCCGCCAAAAUGACCUUCAAAUAAAAGCCAUCUGUCUAGAGUGUCGGAUGGCGACCCUCUGCUUCCUGCUGGUCCUUGUCCUCACCUCCGUGGCUGCGGACUCCAUCCUGGACAUGAUAGACACGAAGGCGGUAGAGAGGAUCGUGGCUGAGAGGAGAGCAAACUCAUCCAAGGAGUUCCUACUCGACAACAACUCCCUUCUAGAAGAAGAGACCACAGAGUCAAUAUUGAGGAACUCCACAGAGGACCACCAACUCCAGGAUAUCCUGCGACGUCGCGGAAGCAGCCUCCUGCGGUCCAGCAAGGAUGCACUUCUGGUCACCAGGAAGGAGUAUCUCCGCAGGGAUUGGUGCAAGUCAGAGCCGCUGGUCCAGGUCGUCCAGGAAGAAGGGUGCUCUCCGGUCACAGUGCUCAAUAGGUUCUGCUAUGGCCAAUGUAACUCCUUCUACAUCCCCAAAGGACCAAGGCGUAAGGGUAAAUCAGGAAAGCCCGAUGAAGACCUUUCAGCAUUCAGGUCUUGUGCCUUCUGCAGGCCGAAGAUAUCUUCUUGGAUCACCGUCACUUUGAGAUGCAGGAAAAAGAAGAAAACAACUAUUCGACGUAAGAAGAUUCUGCGAAUUAAACAAUGCAGGUGUAUAGCACAAUCAGAUAAUAUUCUGGGCUGAAGAUAUUGUUGGUUGAUGUGUCCAUUAACGGCUUUUUUUAUAUUCAUUUCAAUUUUCGAAAGUUUUUAAAUUUACAAAGUUAUAAGGAUUGAUAUCUAAAAAGUUUUUAUUAAUAAGUUAUAAGCUUUUAGUUAUCAAACUCAAAGUAACCUAAAUUUUUUUUUAAUAUGACUUUUCACGUUCCUGUGUCUGCAUUCCUUAAGUUUUAAAACUACUUGUUCAGUGUAAUUUUAAUAAUGUAUUAGAUUGUAAAUUCAAGUUUUAAGUUGGAUGUUAUGUGUGUAGGUUAGUUUGAUGUCUUUCAUAGUUUUAGGAAAUAGAAUUGCUCUAGAAUGUUACUAGGACAUAAGACGAUGUGAUAAUAUGGAUAGAAAUUGUUAUUGUUUGUAUAUUUUAAAUAUUAAAGAUUUAGACGUAUAUUCUACAUGAAGGGAAUGCUGUUACAUGAACACGUAUUGUAUUAAGAGAUAGUAAUUUGU